GCAGACAUGCAAGGUAUAAGGUGUGCGUGAUUUAGUAUAUGAAUUGUUUACUAAGUAGUUGAUUGUAUCUAGUUUGCUUUGCAUUGUUUCGGAAAACAAAGCCACAUCUGAAUUUUUUUAAAUUGUGAAUGAUUUGCUAUUAGCCAUAUUAUUUCUACUUAAAUAACUCCGAAGUACUUUAUCUGUGUUUAUACACAAUGUGGAAAUUUGUGCCUUCAUGCUUUCGACGCCACAGGAGGAAAUUUUUUAUUAUAGGUGGUUUAAUUGGCGGGAUCGCUGUUUUAAAUUCAUACUUGAGACGCAAACUUUUGGAAUGGGAGUCCCAACGAACUGCUGAAUUUUGUGACCAGAUCAAACGUUCCAGUCAUUUUGAAGGUACAAUCAACACUUGCGAUUCAGCUUUGAUUUCGUUCGCACCCAAAAUUAGAGAAACAGUGUGUAGUAAUGCAGAUAUUUCUCCUCUUGUAGAACAACUUAAAAGCAACCCACCAAAUAAGAUGCAAUUAUGGGAACAACUUAAAAUUUUAGUUUUUGUCCAAGCAGUUGGUGAAGUGUAUGCACAAUGUCUUUUGGCAAUUCUUCUGCGUGUCCAAAUGAGUAUCCUUGGUGGUUAUGUGUUUACAAUGUCUCGUACUAAUGACUUUAAUUCACCUAGUGCUGCUGAACAGCAACAAAAAUACAUGUCUCUGAUUGCUGAUUUUUUGAGUAAUGGGAUCAACAGACUACUUGUGCCAGUUAAAAAGGCGGUGGAGAGUACUUUAAACUCUGUACCUUUAAAUCGAUCAUUGAAGCUUCAAGAUAUAAGUGAUAUCAUUAGAGCCAUUCGGGAUUCUCUUUCUCCGAGUGAUUCAGUCUGUUUGCCUGAUGUGUCAUCGUACAUCAUGCCUACAAAUUCUGAUAGUAUUUCAAGUGAUGAAUUUUUGGCCAAAAUAGUUAAUGAAACUAAAGAUGUUUUGGAAUGCCAAGAUUUUAAUCGUGUGUUGACCCUUUGUAUCGAUCGGGGAGUAUCAUCUAUUAUGGAUCGGAUUUCUGAAUGUUUCGUAUUUCUCAGUGAUGGUGAAAAAUUCGUAAAUCCUCAUGAUUUUGCUGCUCCUCUGGCCAAAAUAAUCCCCAUGAUGCAUAAUGUAUUUAAUCAGCAUGAGCCAUCAGAGCAGGGUGCACUUAUGCAUUCCUUGAUACAGCAAGAACCUUUAAAUACAUUUGCUGCUAAUAUUUAUGAGGCUUUCAGCCAGAAUAAUAAUUAAAAAAUAUAAUCCCUGGAAAUUUUUGGCAUGGAUAAGUUUACAACAGAACAACGAGUGAAGAUAAUUGAAUUUUACUUUGAAAAUGGACGGUCAAUUGUUGCAACGCAAAGAUAUGCGCCAUUUUAAUGUUCGAC